AGCUAAUUAGACGAAAUCGUGGCUCCAUAGGUUCUCGAAACCUUUUUAGUUUCCCUCUCAAAAGGGGCGUAAAGUUCUUCACUAUUCACUCUAGGGCUAAUCAUAAAUCUUCUUCAUCUCCUUCAACACUAGAUUCAAACCCAAUCUUCGCCGAUAAUCUGGUUUCCCAAAGUUUAUCAGUUUCGUUUUCCUCAUCGAAUCGCGUUUUUUUUUGUUUCCCUCUUUUGUUGGGUGUGGGUCAAUCGAAACUGAAUCUGUAACGAUUAUCCAGUUUUCUUCGAUUGAAGUUUUUUUUUCUGGGUCAAUCGAGUCUUUAGGAUACGAUGGAGGAUAUUUUGACGGCGGGGGCACUCUUGAAGAUAAAUAACGGGGAAGUGAAGAGCCAUGACGGAAUGACACCGGUUCUGCAAGUGACGGAAUUGAGGUCGGUUAUGGCUCAGCAGAUGGAUCCGACGAAGGAGAGGUUUAGGAUGUGUUUAUCAGACGGGAUCCACAUUAUACAGGGGAUGCUCGGGAUUUCUCAGAACGACCUAGUCAGAAAUGAGAUUCUUCGAGUUGGUUCCAUCGUUCGACUCAUUCAAUUCAUCUGUAAUAAAAUCCAAGAAAAAAGGCUUGUUAUCGUUUUUGAACUGGAUGUGAUUACAACGAAUUGUGAUAUAAUUGGGCAUCCUGUAAAAUUUCGAAAUUCCAAUCAUCAGCCUGGAGAAGAUUCCGUUACCACGUCAAGUACAACAGGUUUUGAGCAAGAUGGUCGGAGGGAAUUGACCGGCGCUCGUCAAAUUAACAGUUACGAGACAGGGAGAAGUAAUCCUGCAGCUAUGCCAGCUCAAGUUGGUGAAAGACAAGUGUUUGGUACUGGUUCUAGUUUCCCUGGAUCAGCAGCAGCACCUCCCGCUCAGUCGUACAACAAUCCAUCUGCAGGUCAUGGAGUCCAUAGGCAGGACCAUGCGCGUGAUCCUCCGACCGCUUAUCUUCGUCAGCCUGCUUACCAGCCCCAGCAACAGGCACCACCACCAGCAAUGUAUCCGAACAGGGGACCAGUGGCGAGGAACGAAGCAGCUCCGAGGAUAAUUCCAAUUAAUGCUCUUAGCCCGUACUCGGGUAGGUGGACUAUCAAGGCCAGGGUCACGAGUAAAGGGGAGCUUAGGCAUUACAACAACCAGCGUGGGGAUGGGAAAGUGUUCAGCUUUGACCUACUUGAUGCUGAUGGUGGAGAGAUACGUGCUACUUGUUUCAACGCUGUGGCUGAUCAGUUCUUUGACCAGAUCGUUGUUGGUAAUCUUUAUCUGCUUUCGAAAGGAACUCUGAAGCCUGCUCAGAAGAAUUUUAAUCAUCUUCCCAACGACUACGAAAUCACGCUGGAUAAUGCGUCAACGAUACAGCAGUGCUACGAGGAGGAUCCUGCCAUCCCGCGGCAUCAGUUCCAUUUCCGUUCCAUUGGUGAUAUCGAAAGCUUGGAUAGUAACAGCAUCAUUGAUGUGAUUGGUAUUGUGUCAUCUAUCAGUCCCACUGGAUCGAUAAUGAGGAAAAACGGAACUGAGACGCAGAAGAGAGCACUUCAGAUGAAGGAUAUGUCAGGCCGAAGCGUCGAGGUAACCAUGUGGGGUAACUUCUGCAAUGCAGAAGGGCAGAGGCUGCAGAGCCUUUGUGAUUCUGGUGGGUUUCCGGUUCUUGCUGUUAAGGCGGGAAGGAUCAGUGAGUUUAACGGGAAGGCAGUGAGCACCAUUGGAUCAAGUCAACUGUUCAUUGAGCCAGAUUUCGUUGAAGCUCAGAAACUGAAGGUAUGGUUUGAGAGAGAAGGAAGGAAUGCUCCUUGUAUCUCCAUAUCUAGAGAGUUUUCCGGUAGUAGCAGAGUAGAUGUUCGCAAAACAAUCUCUCAGAUCAAGGAUGAGAAACUAGGGACCUCAGAGAAACCGGACUGGAUUACAGUCAGUGCCACCAUCAUAUACAUGAAGUUUGACAACUUCUGCUACACAGCUUGUCCUAUCAUGAACGGUGAUCGUCCAUGCAGCAAAAAGGUCACAGACAAUGGGGAUGGCACAUGGCGGUGCGAGAAGUGCGAUAAAUGCGUGGAUGAAUGUGACUACAGGUAUAUACUGCAGCUCCAGAUACAGGACCAUACAGGUCUUACCUGGGUCACAGCAUUCCAGGAGGCUGGUGAGGAGAUAAUGGGGAUGUCUGCUAAAGAUUUGUAUUAUGUGAAGUAUGAACAUAGGGAUGAGGAGAAAUUCGAAGAUAUCAUCCGUAAGGUUGCUUUUACCAAGUACAUCUUCAAGCUGAAGAUAAAAGAAGAAACGUUUAGCGACGAACAGCGUGUGAAGUCAACAGUUGUGAGAGUAGACAAGCUGAACUAUUCAUCGGAUACUAGGACUAUUCUGGAAGCCAUGAAUAAACUCAGGACCGAAGAUGCAACUUCUCUUGACGUAAAGCAAGAAAGGCCCCACUACAACGCUGAUGCAGGUAACGCUGGUAUUGAAAGCUCAGGAACCAGAGGAGAUCCCUCAUCUGUAGAAAGAAGGGAGUUCGGUUUACCUGCGAACCAAUCAGGUCAAUUUGGGAAUCAGUUUAGUAAUGGCUCUUAUAGAGGCACGUCCGGGAGUUAUGGAGGAGGACUUUCGAGGCAACAUGUUGGAGGCUACUGAAAUUCAGAAUCAUCUUCUUAUGAUCUCACUCGUUUUCUUUGUACUAAUUCCAGGCUUUUCUGGAGCCUUUGUAUGCAUCUUAUCUUCUCUUUAUUUGGUUAUUACAAACUGCAAACUCGUUUUGUGAUACUUUUAUUCAAGUUUCUCAUCCAAGAAUGAAGUUUUUGUGUUUCUGUGUAUAUUAAUGCUCGCUUCAUUUC